AUGACACGACAAUCAACAUCAUUGGGAAUGAACUUUCAGGAUGCGGUGAAACACACCAGAAACUCCCCGCAACGGAUCAAGACCUUUAAACAAGCCACGAAGGAUGUGGCUGUAGAAACUCAAAGGUUUUUGUGUGCUGAAACUCCAACACGGCGGAACUCUACCUUUGAAUUUCUAAGAUCAGCAUACGAUGUGAUAGACGCGUUUCUCGAAUAUAGCUAUCAAGAUCCUCAAUGGAAGUCAAAGUUUAUGAAAAUUGUUUUUACCCAAAUUCUUAAAGCGAAGAACAAAGAUAAUAAGAUGUUCGUUGAUGAGAUAGAGUCGAAACCACAUGCAAAUGUUAUUGAUAUUGAAUGCAAAUUGGACAAGUUUAUCAAGACAUACAUGGAAAGACCAAACAUGACCUCAUCAUCUCAACAAGAAACUCCCAAAGAAGUUAAUUUUGAAGACGAAAACAAAUUAUUUGGAAGCUAUAUGACCUCGGGAAGUGUCCCCUCGACUUCAUUGAAAAGUCAAUUGCAACGAUACUUAAAAAAAGACCCAAUUAGAUUUGACAAAGGAUAUGAUAUCCUCACAUGGUGGAAAAAUAACGCGAUGCGCUAUCCGAUCAUUGCUCGAAUGGCAAGAGAUAUUUUGGGGAUGAAAAUUUCCACCGUAGCAUCUGAAUCCACAUUAGUAAUGGUCGUUGAGUAAUUACUGACUACCGUACUAAUUUGUCCUUUGUGAUUGUGGAGGCGUUGAUAUGCACUGCAAAUUGGCUAAGAAAGAGUAGCUUGUCUAUAUAUGACCAUGACAAAGUGCAUGAUGUUUUAGCUGACGAUGACCUCACUAUUGGUAAUACAUUGAUACUUGUUACAUUUUACUUUUAACG